UAAAGUAGUGACAAUGAGGUUCAUCACAUCGUUAGCUGCAUGUUGCACAAGUCACUUGGCUCAAUUCCUCAAUUCCGUUGAUUUCCUUUCCGAGAUAUGACGGUGUGUUACCAUCGCAAAUCACUGGUGGCUUUUUUAUCCAUCGUUCUCUCAGAUGGGAAAAUGGAGGAGAGAUAGAAAGAAAAGACGGGGGAAAACGGAUUUAGUAUUUCGUAAUGAUCCUCGAAUACAUCUCGUCAAUUGUGAUUAUGGCACAUACAAGAAAGAGUAGUGGCAGAAUCAAGGGCUGACUUUUCUUACUCAUUGCUUGUCCUUCAUCAACCAAUCUCGAUAUCUCAAUAAUCAGAUAUCACAUCGUCUUACUGAUUUUAUGCUUACAGCCACGGCUGAUUUCAUCUAUUUUUUAUCAUCUAUUUCAAAAAUGGCCCCCCAUACUACAGCCAAACUAAUUGAUAUCUAGAAAUAGUUUCUUGGUAUAGGGUCAUAAAUGGAAUGAAACUUCUAGCAUCAAUUUUUAUCUCGCUCAUUUCCAUUGGUCAAUUUAAGAGUACUUCUUCAAAGUCGACGCAGCCUGAUGAAUGCUUGUCGUUCUUUCCACUUUCAUUUGUUCUCAUGUACGCCCCGGAAGACUGGUGUUCGGCUCAGACGAGACAUGGGACCUGGUGGCUGGAAUCAUAUCCCAAUUCACAUUCCUUUCAGCUUGACGUUACUCAGCCUUGAAACCCCUGAUAUACUAACGAAGUCGUUUCUUUAACAUGCUUACAUUCUUUUCUUAAAUAUUGGCUCAUUCCAUGAAUACCAUUGUACUCUCUUUGUUUCAAUACUUACUUUCUUAAAUUCUGCAUAAUAUUCUGUUCUUCUCAAUCUAUCUCAAACUUAGCGUUAUCACAUUGAAGAUCUCAGUCAAUCAAAAAGAUCCCUGCCGCAUAAGUUGUAUCGUUUCUCCGCUUUCUAGAUCCUGUAUUACGCUCAUUCAAUCCUUCACCUGGGGGUUCUAGUGUGACACACUGGUGUACCGACACUGGUGAGAACUCCAUCAUGGCGACAUCUGAACCCUUGUAUUCGCCAAAUAUGACGAAUGGUGAACACCGGCUCAAUGGGUUUCACUCCAAUGGGUAUCUGAAUGGCCAUAAAUCUAAUGGUAUUAAUGGGAAUGACUCAAAGGACGGUCAAGCUGAGAGUUGUAAUGGGGAUAGUGGAUUAGGUGAAUCAUUUGAUAAUCUUAAGAAUAUCAACGGUCGAGACCAGCCGAGUGAGGAUAGUUCAUCAGAUGACGAGCAUCGACAUAUCAAUGAAUCACAUCGAAUUGAAUCAUUUGUUGCUCAUACUACAGCAUCAGGUCAAAGAGGGCAACAUGCUAAGAUUCGAACAUACACGGAUGAUGUCAAUAGCAGAGACUUUCCUCGAAUAUCAAAACCGGUAGAAGUUUUGAGGAAUGUCUAUGAUACUGUAGUAAUUGGAUCUGGUUAUGGUGGAUCAGUUGCUGCUAGUCGUAUGGCAAGAGCUGGGCAAUCUGUUUGUCUUUUGGAGAGAGGGAAAGAAAAGUGGCCGGGGGAAUAUCCCACUGGCAUGGUACAUGCAAUGGAGGAGCUUCACGUGUCGGGCAAUUUUGCUCCUGGAUUUUUACCGGGAGCAAUGGUUGAAGAAGGAGAUCCUACAGGCCUUUAUCAUCUCAUAUUUGGAAAAGGUCAAAAUGCUUUUGUAGCCAAUGGUUUAGGUGGAACAAGUCUUUUAAACGCCAAUAUAUUUCUUGAAGCGGAUAAAGACACUCUAGCAAUGGAUUGUUGGCCGAAGGAAUUACGAGAAGGAGAGGCUCUUAAAGAAUAUUACGAAAGAGCAGCAUCUGUUUUACAACCUCAAAGUUAUCCAGAAGAUUGGCCUAAACUUCCAAAGUUAACCUUGCUGGAGAAGCAAGCUAGAAUACUCGGCAUGCAUGAGAAAUUUUACCGGCCACCACAAACUACUCGAUUCCUGGGCGGCCCAAACAGCACUGGAGUCGAAAUGUAUCCGUCUGCUUUGACGGGUAUGGACUGUACUGGUGUGAAUGAUGGAAGCAAAAGCAGUACUUUGGUCAACUAUCUCUCGGAUGCAUGGAACUGGGGAGCAGAAAUGUUCUGUGAAUGUGAAGUGAGAUAUAUUAAAAAGCAUCCAGACCCUAAAGAAGAAGGGUAUCUCGUAUUUUUCGCAUGGCACGGAAGUAAUCGCGGGGCUUUCAAAACCAACAUCUACGAAGAUCUGAUGUGGGUACAUGCAAAGAAAUGCGUUUUUCUUGGUGCAGGUGCAAUCGGAACAACGGAAAUUCUUCUUCGAAGUAGGAGUUUAGGAAUGAAUAUGAGUGAUAGAGUUGGCAAAGGCAUGAGUGGAAAUGGUGAUAUGUUAGCUUUCGGUUAUAACACCAAUGAAGAAGUUAAUGGGAUUGGUCGUGUGUCUCCCACAGCCGAUAAUCCUAUAGGGCCUACCAUCGCAGGUAUCAUUGAUAAUCGAGCAGGCCAUGCAAAUGUCUUAGAUGGAUAUGUUAUUGAAGAAGGAGCAAUACCAAAAGCACUUGCUCCAUUGUUUCAAUUCAUGCUUGAAAAACUUCCAGGUUCUAAAGCACCAUCGGAUUUGUCGACUCUCGAAAAACUAAGGCAUACACUUUCAGCUACCGGAAGUCGUUUCCUAGGUCCAUACUACAAAAAGGGUAGUAUCGAGAGAACACAAACAUAUCUUGUCAUGAGUCAUGAUUCUAAUCAAGCCGUUCUCACCCUCAAGGAUGAUAAACCUCUCCUCGAGUUCCUUGGUGUUGGUCGGAGCGAUCAUGUUAGAAAGAUAAAUAAUAUUCUCAAAGAAGCAACAGAAGCAGUUGGGGGAACUUUUGUCAAUAAUCCAUUCUAUUCAGCACUUGGUCAACAAGAAAUUACUGUUCAUCCUAUUGGUGGUGCUUGUAUGAGUUCAGACAACACCGCUCAAUAUGGAGCUACAAAUCAUUUCGGAGAACUUCUCACUGGUCGUGGUAGUGAGACAUAUCCAGGCCUUAUAAUUUCUGAUGCUGCUGUUAUCCCUUGCGCUCUUGGUGUUAAUCCAUUUGCAACAAUUACCGCUCUUGCUGAACGCUCAGUUGCUCAUGCUGCGAAAAGUUUCAAUCUCGAUAUCGAUUACGAUACUAGCAAUGGUUUAUUGGAUUUAUUCGGUAAACCAAAACAUGCUCCUAUGCAAUUGCAAACUUACAGCACACAAAAUUCUGAAGUGGAGAUGGCUACUAAAAUGAUUGAUGAAACUGAAGAUUCCAAAACAAGUGGAUUUUCUUUUACUGAAGUAAUGCAAGGAUUUAUUCAUAUUGGGAAGAAUCUUAAGGGUAAUCAUAGAGAGGAUUAUGAAAUUGCUGCCAAGACUGCUAGAGGACUUUGUGAGGCAUCAAGAUUUUUCUUAAGCGUUAAAGCUUAUGAUACACAUAGGAGUAAGUAAUUCACAGUGUUCUAUACGACUUUACUAACAUUAUCAUAGUUGUGCAUCGACAAGAUCAUUCAGCUAUGUUAACUGGUACAUUCGUUUGUGCUUCAUUACCUGGUAGUCCUUUCAUGGUUCAACGUGGAGAUUUUCAAUUAUUCAAUGUUGAUCAUCAAGCUCCUGGUACUCGAAAUCUAACAUAUGAUUUCGACAUGACUUCGACGGAUGGAAAACAAUUACAUUUUCAUGGGUAUAAAAUUGUUGAUUCUUCCGUGGCUCUUGGUCCAUUUAAAUUUUGGACUGCUGCAUCCACACUUUACGUCAGCAUUACAGAGAAAGACGCAAAUAAAACUGUAGUAGGAAGAGGAAUGAUGCAUAUUCAACCGAAAGAUUUCCUAUCGCAAAUUUUCACACUCAAAGCUGUUGGUCGUAAUUUUUGGUCUAGACUUCAAUCUACCACAAGUUUUAUGACUUUCUUCGCCAGACAAUCAGCUAAUCUCUUCUUCGCCCCAUUCACCUAUCUUCAAUACCCAUCCGUAACAUACACAGGAUACAUCAACGACACACCACCCGAUCAAACCAUUCAGAUCGUCGCCUCAGAUGACGUUAAAACUCUUCUCCACGUCUGGGAACCUCAGAACCCAAACAUCGAAACCAAGAAUCUUUUUUUCAUCCCAGGUGCUUCAGUCGAUCAUCAAAUCUUCGCACUUCCCACCAUUGAAGUAAAUGCCAUAAAUUAUUUCACUCGAGCCGGUUAUCGCUGUUUCGUCGUCGUCCAUCGAAUCUGUCAAUUAAUGGUCGCUGAAGAUAAUUGGACCACAUUCGAUGCUCGUCUCGAUAUCAAAGCUUCUCUCCAAUGGAUCCGUAAAGAACAUGGUCGUCAACCUAUCUACACCAUUGCUCAUUGUAUGGGUUCAGUAGCUUUCGCUUCGGGUCUAUUAGAUGGUACCAUUCCGGCAAAUUGGAUCUUAGGUGUCACCUGUUCUCAAGUUUUCAUGAAUCCCAUCUGGGCUACUUUGAAUUUGGCCAAGGCAAUGGCAGGUCCUAUCCCUUUUGAUAAAUUGUAUAAAUUUUUCGGAGGGGAUUGGUUUAGUUGUUCGAGUACGAGGGAAGAUACUUGGUUUCAACAGGGGAUUAAUCAAUUAUUGAGAUUUUAUCCUGAUCGACGAAGUGAGAUUUGUAAUAAUGUUUCUUGUCAUCGUUGUUCGUUAAUUUUCGGUCGGUAUGUAUCCCUUUUCUUUCCUUUUCUUUCCUUUCCUUUCCUUUUCCCCUCCCUAUAUGAGAAAAAAAAGCAAAUCAAAAUCACAAAAGCAAGCACAAAGACUAACAUUCUAUCUUCCCAAAAAUAGUCUCUGGAACCACAACAACCUAAACGAAGCAACUCAUCGUCAAAUCAACCGUUUCUUCUCAGGAGUAAAUAUGACCUGUCUCAAUCUCCUCAUGCAUAUGGGUACAGUCGGUCACGUAACAGGUAAUGCUCCAUUAUUCCAUCCUCUUACUUCGUCGAAAAAUAUUAGGAGGUUGAGGGGAAUACCGUUCUUUUUGUUUUCCGGGAGUGAUAAUAAAGUAUUAAAUCCCGAGAGUACGACGAAGACGUUGGAGGUUUUGAGGGAUGAAAUGGGGGAUUGUUGUAGAGGUGGAUGUGCGGGGAGGGAAAGUGAUACUGGUGGGGAAAGGACGGGUUGUGAUGGGGACGGUUGUGAGGCUUUUGGUAUGUUUGAUAUGUAUGAGAGGAUGGAAAUUAGAGGCUAUGGACAUUUGGAUUGUUGGAUGGGGAGAGAGGCGUAUAGAGAUGUGUUUCCAGAGGUUAGGGAGAGAGUGGAUAGGGUUACGAGGGGAGGGGGUAUAGGUUUGAGGGGAGACAAGUGGAUGUUGAAGGAAGAAGAGUGUUUAGGGUUUGGUUUCGGUUUUGAUUGGGGAAUUGGGAAUUGGGAACUGGAAAGUGGGAACUGGAAAGUGGGAACUGGGAAUUGGGGUGUUGGGGUUAAGGGUUUGCUAUGUGGUUAUUUUUUUAUGAUAGUAGAAGAAAGAUAUAGAGAUGGAGAUAGGUAUAAAAAUGUAUUUGUAAUGAUAUGAUGGAUUAUAGAUGAUGAGGAUGAUAUGAUAGAUGUUAAGAAAGAUAUCAAUGAUAAGAAUGAAAAUAAGUACAAGAAUAGAAUAUAUUACAGAUCUCGAACUAUAAGAACGAUCAUGUGAUUCCUUUAUCUAUCGAUGAGCUGAUAGUUUAUGUAUUUGAGAUUCGAUUUAUUUAUUUUAGUAUAGGAAUAUAAUGAUUUUGAAAUCGAAUAUAUAUAAUUAUAUAAUUUAUUAUAUAAAUGCUUGUUAUAAGUUAUAAUUCUUUAAUUGUAGAUUUUAAAGAAUAUAAUUA